AUGGCGGACGAUCCGUUGCCAUUCUUCUCGCCAGGGAUGGUCGUCACUCUUGAGACCAACUCCGGUCAGCGCUAUACUUUCACCGUUGAGCGGCUCUUCACGCCGCUCACGAAGAGUGUUGUCGUUCUCGCGCGUUGCGCAGACCUUUCGCCUGACCCCGUAGUGCUGAAGAUCUAUGAUCCCCGCUUUUUCGACGAGCGCAACGGUGUGUCGCCCAACAAGCACUGGGAGGGUUUUCCCUCCCACCCAUGGUCGCUUGCCGCCGAGCGCGCCGCGCCGGACACCAUACCCUACGAUCAAUACGAGAUUUUCUCUCCCGGGGACCCGCCCGCGGCGGACGACGCUGAGGGCCAGCUUGCUUACGCUGCGCUCCACGAGGCGCACUACCGCAAGCUCAUGAACGACUCCUUCGCCGUCGAGCGCGCCGCAUACGAGCAUCUCCAACACCUCCAGGGCACCAUCCUCCCACGCCUCCUCGCUUCCGGACUCAUCAUCCCUCCCGACGAGCGCGCCUUCAUCCCGCCCGCCAUCGCCAUCGAGUACAUCGAAGGCCCCCGCUUGCGCGACGCCCCCCUCGACGCGCUCACGCCCUCGGUCUGCACCGCCCUCGUCCGCGCCGUCGACAGCUUCGCCGCCCACGGCGUCAUCCACGACGACUUCAGCGACAAGAACAUACUCGUCGCGCCCAGCCGCGCCGUCGUCGUCGACUUCGGGAACGCGGGCGUGCGCGGGGUGGGGUAUGAUUGGACCGACGAGGAGUGGAAGGAUUCUGUCUCUUGCUGCGACGAUGAUGGCGCGAUACGGUAUUGGUUGAAGCGCAAGGGGGUGGCUGGUAUGGAUGAGCUACUCAAGCAUCCAAGGGAAGGAUCGAGGGGCAUUCCAGCAAUAGAACCAUAG